AUGGGCCAGAGAGAUUUAUGCGCAAGAACUACGGCAGGUGUUAUCGGGGGGCUUUUUGCAGCCUCCCUUUUGACGGCCAUAGGUCUAUGCUUGACGUGGUAUUGGCAGAUCAAAGGUUCCGUAAAUGGAACCAAUAUCUGUUGCCAGGAGGAUAUCGACAUCGGCCAAUUGAUCGGCCAAACAUUACUCCCUAAUGUUUUUUUCUUUUUGUCGGGUCUCGCCUUAUUCGUUUCCUACUUCAACAGAGACUCAUACAGACACAUGUUUGUCUUCGAUGCCUUCCUCAAGUUCGCCACAGGUGCCGUCUGCUUCACUUUAGCCAUUUACUACGAAGAAAAGUAUGACUGUCAGAAUUGGAGCCUCCUCUUCACGUUUUGCCACCAACUCGCUUGGGUUUUCUUCGAUAUGAUCCUCUUGGCCAGGUAUGGGACCAGCGUAUUGAUUCAGGACUGCCAUGAGUUUGGUGUUACUCUCGCUAGAAAAUGCCGUAAGCUCGGUGUCAAGUGCCUUGAGUUCGUUGGUCUCAAGCAGAAGGAGCAGGAGGUGGUGGAGGAAAACACAGUUGAACUAAGCAAUAUGGGAUCUGGCGGCCUGGGAGGUGGCCCUGAUGGCGGGCACAACUCCAGUGGCAAGCACGACUCCAAUGUCGAGUACGAUGCCCAAAACGGUGACCCGGAUGAAGGGGAAAAGAGUACUGAAAGUUGCGAAAGCAGCGGUACCAAGGUGUCCCUAAGCAGCGUAAGUCGCCGUUCAAAGAAGAAUCUGCCCGAGGAAGUUCCAUCUGAGGAAUGGAUUGAAUUGCUGAACCUGGGAGGCAAGAGCUCAGAUUCUCAAAAUUAG